AUGCCAUGUGCCUUUACAUAAGAGCAGCUGGCUCCGGAUGCAAUUGGACGAUAAAACGCUGUGGCGGCAUCCACGCGCUGUGUGCCGCAUUGCCCCGAGCCUGACAGACAAUAACAAGAGGGGAGGGAGGGGGAGGUAGGCUGCGUGCAUAUUUAGGGUGUGUUUACCUCCUCCUGCUACAAAAAGAGCAGAAACCAGAGACUGUUCUGAAAAUAAGAGGUAGGUAGGUGUGUGGGUGUGGGGGUGUGUGUGUGUGUGUGUGUGUGUGUGUGUGUGUGUGUGUGUGUGUGUGUGUGUGUGUGUGUGUGUUUAUUAGCUCUACCUGCCGCUGUCCGGUAGGCGGUGAUAAUGGGUGUGUGUGUGUGUUGGUGUGUGUGACGGGCCGGCGGGGGGGCGGAGCCGCUCGGACAUGAGUAAAUGACGUCAGGCCCCAGGUCGCCGAGCAGUGAAACAAACAUGGCGACAGAAUGGAGCGGGCAGCAGGGUUAUAUUCUCACUGUCGUUAUCUGCCUGUGGAGCGCGGUCGGGGGGCGCACGGAGGCGGCUGCGGCGGCGGCAGCGGCUGCGGCGGCGGGGUCCGGUGGCGGCAGCAGCAGCAGCGGGAGCCAGGUGCUCGGCAUGCGGCUGGAGAGGAGCGACAAGCCGGCCAGUACCAAUGACGACGGUGUCAUCCAGGUGACAGAGGAGAGCUCCGUGCAGCUCCGGUUUUACGGGGUGCAGCUCCACUCGGGCGCCUGGACGCAGAUCCGCUUCAUGGAGCUCUCAGAGGGGGAGGACGGAGCGGAGGAAGAGGAGGAGGAGGAGGCGGUGGCGGCUGCCAGAGGAGGCAGUGGCAUGAUGGACAGGACUUGUGUUGAUUUCACGAAGGACAUCAGCGUAGGGACCUUCAUGAAUGUGAGCCGCAGAGGCACGUCCGGGGUGCUCACCGUGCACGUGAAGCCACUGCGCAAAAGUGAGCCGCAGAAAGAGUACGCGGCGUGCACGGUGGAAGCGGACGGCGGCAGCAGGUGGGUGCAGCUGGGGGACAGCGACGGCAGGCUGCUGGUGGUGGAGGAGAAGAAGUCUCUGCUGCCCCUGUGGCUGCAGGUCAUCCUCAUUGCCUGUCUGCUCGUGCUCUCCGGGAUGUUCAGCGGCUUGAACCUGGGCCUGAUGGCGCUCGACCCCAUGGAGCUGCGCAUCGUGCAGAGCUGCGGCACCGACAAGGAGAAGAAAUACGCGCGGAAGAUCGAGCCCAUCCGCAGCAAAGGGAACUACCUGCUGUGCUCGCUCCUGCUCGGGAACGUCCUCGUGAACACCACCCUCACCAUCCUCCUGGACGACCUGAUCGGGUCCGGGCUCGGGGCAGUGGUGGCCUCCACCAUCGGGAUCGUCAUCUUCGGGGAGAUUGUUCCUCAGGCGCUGUGCUCGCGCCACGGGCUGGCCGUAGGAGCCAACACCAUCAUGGUCACCAAGUUCUUCAUGUUCCUCACCUUCCCGGUGUCGUUUCCGGUCAGCAAGCUGCUGGACGUCCUGCUGGGUCAGGAGAUCGGUACCGUCUACAACCGGGAGAAGCUGGUGGAGAUGCUGAAGGUGACGGAGCCCUACAACGACCUGGUCAAAGAGGAGCUCAACAUGAUCCAGGGCGCGCUCGAGCUCCGGACCAAGACCGUGGAGGACGUGAUGACCCCCUUAGGGAACUGCUUCAUGAUCCAGGCGGACGCGGUUCUGGACUUCAACACCAUGUCGGAGAUCAUGGAGAGCGGAUACACGCGCAUCCCGGUCUAUGACGAGGAGAGGUCCAACAUCGUGGACAUCCUGUACGUGAAGGACCUGGCCUUCGUUGACCCCGACGACUGCACCACCCUGAAGACCAUUACCAAGUUCUACAACCACCCGGUCCACUUCGUGUUCCAUGACACCAAACUGGACGCCAUGCUGGAGGAGUUCAAGAAAGGUGCGUCUCUACUGCGCAUGUGCAUGUUUAUUAUCCUACCUGAGUUUUAUUUCUCAGGUGUGUUUGUUUGUUUGUUUAAGGCAUCACUUCACCCCCCCCCCCCCCCACACACACACACACACACACACACACACACUCGCCCCUCCCUCUAUCCCCCUCUGUCAGUAAUGAUCAGCUGUAUUGACUGAUGGAAAAUCAGAGUCCACUUGAAAACACACAGAACAUGCAAACAGCGACUCAAAAGUGAAACAAAAAUAGUCUCAUGAUGCACGGCUGAGUCAAUCUGCACACGCUGAACUCGAGGACAAACUGUUCGUCCAAUCAGAUCUGAUUUUAUUUGGAAUCUAGUGAGAGAAAAACUCAAAUAAUCAGCAGGAAAACCAAUCAAUCAUGAGCACAAGAAAUAAGAGCAGUAACAGAGUUUGAGAGAUGUUCGUCAGAAGUUAAAAAAAACAUAUUUAUGCAUGUAGGACAAAGGACAUUUAUCAACAUUUUGUCUGUUUACAUUAACCCUAGAACACUCUUGCUAAAAUUAGUAACACCAUCACUAUCACCGGGUGAUUUAACAUACCCAACAAAAAGUACUUGUCAUCAAAAUAUAUUAAAAUAGGACAAUACAUGACAAAUUAAAGCAGUUUUCUUUUACUUUUAACUGUGUAAUGUCCAAAGGGAGGAAAAAAGUGCCAUGAGGGGCGCAUAUAAAAAUGCAACAAAAUAACUGAAAUAGAUACACUGAUCCAUUUUUUUCCUGAUCUAAUCCGAUAUCGAUACCUGGGCUAAGCGUAUAGGCCGAUAUCCGAUACCGAUCCGAUACUACUUUUGAAUAAAUGAACUGUAUAGUUAAGUUAGUUUCUUUUCCACCCAUUCCUGGGGCAUGUGAGUGGGUCCUUGGCACAAUAACAGCUGCAGGAGAGAACCAAAAUAUGGCAGAUUUAGAGUGAGUAAAAAAUGACCACUUGACUCAAAUAUUUCUUAUCACCAUAUGAAUUCCCUUUAAAAUCACUACUUUAUGAUAGUUAUUCAUAACCAUUGCGCUAAAUAAAGAUAGCAUGUAAAUUCCAGGACGACUCUUACUGACCUGAUUCGCCAACAUGCAGCUAUCAAAUUCACCCAAACCUACUUUACCCUCUAUCACUAUUGCCGGGUGAAAAUCACUCGGGAACACGUGCCUGUAGGAAAAAGCAGGUUUUGGAUCAGGGAAACAAAUAUGCCUUCAAAGAUGUCAAAGGAAAUGCUGAAGCUACCCAGGGACCCAUGAUACUCAGACAACCACAACAUCAUAAAAAUCAAGUAAACAUGUUUGGUCGGGUGAAAAUCACCCGGCGAUAGUGUUCUCGGGUUAAUGUAAACGCACCAGGAAAAGCUCAAAUCGCUACAUUUCCUCAGUUUGAGGUCCAAUAUUUCCAGAAAACUAGAUCAAUUUUAUUAAAGAGGCUGAAAAGUGGGGUGAAUAAUAAUAAUAACUUUAUUGGUAUAGCACUUUUAAAAACAGCUCAGUUAAAAUGGAUUUGAAGGCCAUUUUCAUAAAACAAUACAAGAACCAUGCAACAUAAAAUGAGACCAUGAGGACCAAAAUAAAAACAUAAAAUAGAUAAGAAAAAAGAAAAAUGCAACUAAAAGGGAGGACAAAAGCGGAGACAGGGUAGUAAAUAUAAAAAGCAAUAUCAACAAUGAUAAUAAAAUAACAACAGGUAAUACUGAUAAUAAUAGUAAUGAUAAAAUAGAGCAAGAGAUAAAACAAUAAAAGGCCUAAAAGGUUAAUUAAGAAAAGAGUACAACAAAAAAAAAGUAUAACAAAAGCUGAAAAGACAGUAAAGAGACAGGCUGAACACGAUUUCUGUAGGGGUCAAAGUUAACCUCCCAGCAUGUCUGAACUUAGAGGAUCUUUUCCUUUAAGAUGUAUAUUUAAUGAUAACAGAAGCAUCUCUGCCUCUUUGUCAUGAUUAUUUAGUUCCAAAGGAUAAAAAUCUCCACUUUGUGCACAAAAUAAUGACAGUACAUGCAUUAGUUAAUAAUUUGUGUGCACAGUAGGGCAGGGCGAUAUGGGAAAAAGUUUAUCAUGAUAUAUUUUUUUGGUUGCUGUAGUUGCAUGCAACCUGCUACUACGCAGUUGUUUGCUACUUGGUUCUAAUUCAGCACAUGAUUCGUUCAGCAUGAAGUGAACCCGGAGAAACUCCCCUUUUCAUUGGCUAUUCGUUAGGGAUGGGAGAAAAAAAUCAAUUCACAUAAGUAUCGCAAUUUUUUGUUUUACAAUUUUUAAAUCGCUUUUUAUGUUCAAAAAUCCCUUUUUUUUCUCUUUAAGAACAAAUUUUAAAAACUGACUUACAUGUGAUGUGUAUUUUUUUGGUAGAAAUAUGGUUCCUGGAAUAGUAAGUAGACAAUCGUAAUCAUUUAACAGUUUCACUGGUGUUUAAAAUGCAGACUAAAAAUCAAGAAAAUCAACAAUAUCGUAGAAUCGCAAUCUAAAUCAAAUAGGCAUCCAAAAAAUCGUAGAAGAAUUGAGUCGGGAGAAACGCAUAUCAUCCCAGCCCUACUAUUCCCAUCGUCUACCAAGACAUGGCAGAAUGCCGACUAUUGAAAAGCAUAUUGACCAUGUUUUAUUUUGGUAUUGAGGGAAAUAAAUUUUUAUUGUAUAUAUUAUUAUCGUUUUAUCACCCAGCCCUAGAGCACAGUAUAAAAAAUCGUACUCUACUGGAAACCAGCGGCUUGACAGGAUCUUGAACUGCCUUGAAUUUUAAUUAAAGUUUGACUUAAUAAGUUUGACCUGCCCAAGAUGUCUCAGCAGCUCAGGAUGGAGCAGCAGCCCUCAAUGUUGAAACAGAAAAACAACACUCAAGGGGGUCAAUCAGAUAUUUGAUUUUUGCCCCCUCCAUGUUGCCCCCUUUAUAUCCCAUCGAUACAAGCCCACCCUCCCUGUCCUCCUGAACAGCAGGGCAUGGGGGUACCAGGAGGUUCCUGCUGCACCUGAGAUUAAUGUUGGUGACGGUGAAAACAACAAAAGAAAGAAAAACAAAUUUAGGUUUUUGUUUUGAGAAGAAUUCAGAUACUUGAUUUUGCACAGCUGAUCUUGUUCGACGCCCAAGGUAAGGGUCCAGUCUGACCCUCAGUUUGACCCUCCAAACUGAACCAAACCGAACCAGACUGCUUUGUGGAAACGCCCCGUUGGAUUAGAUCCAGACAGAGGCAAGGCAUCUUUAUUUAUAUAGCACAUUUCAUACCAAGGCAACUCAAUGUGCCUUACAUAAAAACAAAACAUAACAACAACAACAAAAACACAGUUAAAAGCAGGAGCAAAAGAUAAAGUGUAGAAUUAUUAAAAAGAUCUCAGCCAUAAGCACAUGAAAAGAGAAAUGUUUUUAACCUGGAUUUAAAAGUGCUUACAGUUGCGGCUGAUUUCAGUUCUGCAGAGGUCAGUGCAAACGUCCUAAACUGCAGAUCUGGAUGUUCAGCUCAAACAGAAACGGUUCAUACGGUCUGAGAGGAAGCUGCUGCUGCUGGUUUAAACAUGAAUGCUGUUCAGGUCCAGGAACACUCUGUCCUCUCAUUGUGUCGAGCCAUCAAAGGCUGAAGCCCUCUUGAUGUUUGAAAACCCGUCCUGGGGCCUAUUCUACGAAGCAGGAUUACUGCUUAGCGAGGUAACUUCGAUGGUAAGUUCGGGGUUUCCUGUUCUAUGACACGGGUUCACUUCUUAGUGAGGCGAGUCUCCAUGGCAACAAACACUGAAUGGCUAACCUGCUCCGGGGCAGCUUAGGUUCCAGAUUGAACUCACCGAGUAUCAAAACCCCGCACACUGACCAAUGGCUUGUCCAUUUUUGGAGGAUCCUAUAGACCACGGUGCUCGCAUUGUCCAAGGAGCACUCUGGCGCACAAGAGUUUUUAGGGACCGCACGGACCCACUUACUUUUCCGGAUGACCACCUUUAUAAAAGGCUCAUAUGGCCGACAUAUCACACAAAAAAUGUAAACAUGGUAGGAAUGAACAAAUGAAUGAAUUCAUCUUGGAAAUGAAUUAGACAUGUCUGGUGCAUGUUAAAAGCGCAUGUUGAACAGUGCUAUUUCAGGGUGAGAAUGGCAUCAAAGAUUUUUUGCGCACUAUACUUAAGCAUUGAGACUGUCUGCAAUUUUCUUCCAGCAUUCCCUCCGUGCUUUUGCAGCGGCGACGGUAUAUGAUAGAUUUGAAUUCUUCAUACUUUCUCAUGAUCGUUUCCUGCUCCUCGUUUGUAAAGUACGCGGUCCUUCGCUCUCUGGCCUGCUGUGACGCUCCAGACUGGUCCAUGUUCGCGAUUGGUCAGAGGCGGCGGGCUCCGCCUUACAUGCGUGCACGCGCUCAUAGCAAAGCUGGAUCUACUUACGAGGUUGAUAACCAGCAUCGUAAGACCAUAGACUGUAUAUAGAAUGGACGCCGUCUGCCUCCUCGCUGGGUGAAGCCACUCCGAGAACAGCACCCUCUGUUGAUGGGCUGCAGUACAGGUCAUAAAUCCCGCCUCCGCCAGCAAAGCUUUUGGGGCUGUGGACCAACUUUAGAAAUUUAUUACACAGAACAUAAAUUUUUCUCCCCCCUGCUUGUGAUGUUGACAUAUAGUUAUUUUAAGACUGGUUUGUGCUCAAGUCCUCUUUUUUCUAUGAAGCUCCGUUUUUUAAAAGUUAUUAGGGGGUUCAUGUUUGCUAUGAUUGACACCUGAUACAGCCUAUGGGCGUUCAGGGAUUGAGUAGCUCUCCCGGGGGACACGCUGUUUGAACAGAGCGUCAUCACAGCGACUCUCUGCGACUGCGCGGCCGUAGCACAACGCUACCGCACAGCGCGGGUUUCAGAAAAUGAAGAAAAAUCCCAGAAAUACCGAGAGCUUUUUGGCUUCAAAUCUGUAUACAGGGGGUAGGCGGAACCAGGUUGUCCAUAGUAUAUACAGUCUAUGGGUAAGACCGUUUAACAAGACCGGUGGCUACCAUGCUGGGUUAAGUGAACUUGCUCCGUAGAAUAGGCCCCUGAAGGAAACAAGGAGGAAACUGAUGAAACUGGACUCAUUAGUCUUCAGUUUCUCAUUUUAAUUUAAAGCAAAUAAACUGAAGUCGAGAUUAUUUGAAGAAAAGUCCAGAAAUUCCAAUUUAAAACCGUUUAAAACUGCAGAUAUUAGAGAUAAAAAGUCCAAACUGCGAAUGAGGUAAACUCUUACUGACACCGACUGUUAUUGUUUUUGUAGUCCGGGUUUAUCUUCACCUCGUAUUUGAUUGAUUUUUGAUUGAUUUAAGUUUUUUUCGAAUAUGCAAACCAAAAAUAUUUUAAAAGAAUAAAACAAGAAAAAAAGGCAAAACAUUCAAACUUAAAAAAAAGAAAUACAUAUUCUAAAAAGAGUGAGAAGAAGAGUAACUUCUGAACUCCCACCCCUUACCUUUAAAUAAUAAGUAUCCACACCAAGCUUCCUUGCAACUUGUUUAGAUGUACCUGAUAAUUAUAGAUAAAUAAAGUACGUUCAUGACUUUGUAUUACAAAACAAAACCUACAUCAACUUAACACAGCACACAUUGUUCAGUUACUGUUUAGUUUUUGCAGACUUGCCUCUGUACGUCCACCACAAACCUGUUUUUUUCUUUGUCUGUCCUCCUGAAUCAGAACCGGCUUUGCCCAAAUGUGAAAAAGAGCGUAAAAAUCUGAGCUUCAUUGUGUUUGUUCAGACCCUGAGUUUCAGGGUUCAAUAAUCCAGUUCAGAGAGUUUUAUCGGCACGGCUGCACAAUGAUAAUCUUGUUGAAUUAUCUACAUCUUUACAUGAACAUAACCGUAAAAAUCUGAUGAAUCAAAUAUGAUAAUGCCCUCUUCUUCCUGCUGCAAGGUCAAACCUCACAUCUGCCUGCAAUUUGUACCAACUGUCCAAACCUAAAUCUAUUUCUCAACUUUUAUUUACUGCCGAGAAAUAAACCAAAAAGUGAGUUUACAGUUUUUAUUUACAUCUUUACAAAAUCAGCUCCCAAGAUUUCCUGCAAAACAACUCAACUGCAUCUUAUUAUUAGGAGCUGAGGAGGAAGUGUGAGCCCAGACAACAUCCAUGUCGUGUUUGUCUGCAGUCCAAACAUGGAGCCUCUUCUCCUCUUCUGUUUUAUUUAUUGGCUUCAGCCCUGUGUGGUCUAAUCCUGAUCCUGCAGCAGGUUUUUAUUCCCGUCAUCAUCAUCGCUGCCGCCGCCACUGCUGCAGCUGCUGAUGGUCGUCUUUCCUCUCUGAGCAGGAACUAAUCAGUGAAAUGAGCCGCCGCAUGUCUAACCUUUUGAUGGGAUGAAAAUCUGCACAUUCAGGCGCAGGGGAUUAAUGUGGGAAAUCUCAGCGCUGAUAUCCAUGCUGUGGGGACAAAGCUGCAGUGAUCACGACAACAAUGUCAGACCUGCAGAGGAAUAAAGCUCAUUAUGAUGAGGAGGAUGAUGAUGAUGAUGAUGAGGCUAUUUUAAGACAUCCGAGCAGAAAAAAAAACAGCACAUGCAGCAGGAACAGAAAACUGCAUUCAUCUGGUCAGAUUGAAGAAAUGCAUGUGUGUGAAAAUGUGUUAUAAAUCAGAGUGGGUGUACAUUCACGAGUCUGCAGUAAAUGGAUCUAGACGCACCUUUUUGAAAUUUUGUUUUUGUCGAAGUAGAUGCAGAUUUUCAUCCGUUAUUGUGCACAAACAUAAACAUGACACUUAUACGCAGCUUUAUCACGCUAAUACUGCAGAAUCACGUUUUUGCUUAAUCAUCACAUCUUUAUGAUAGUGUAGUUUUUAUGCAUUAUCCCUCCAAUCGCUCUAGAAAGAAGUCCUCCUAUUGACUUUAGCACAACCUGGUAGAUGCAGGUCUGUGUGCUGAUAAAGAUGCAUUCAUGGUGCAUUAAAGGGAUAUUCCGGUGUAAAAUUAAUUUAGGAUCAAACACACUGUAACACCGAGUUAGACACCCCCUCGAGAGAUUAAUGUUACCGACCGCUUGCUUCUCUAGUUAUACCAACUCUAGUAACGACUGCAGGAUAGCAAUACACAGCGGUGAUCAUUUCUUUACCAUUUCCUUGAACUAAUAAUCACCAUAUUAAUCAUUUUCCACUGCAGACGCGGUAGUUCUUCUGCCUUAGUGUCUCGGUCUGAUUGCAUUUCCAUGAAGAAAUGAUCAUAAAUGUUCUUCCUUGAGCUGCGUCACCCCACUGUAGUCUGUAAUGGACUGGCCUGAAGUCUCGCUACAAACAAGCGGCUGCUGGAAGAGAGUAGGUGAGUUGUGUUUAGUCUCUUUGCAAAAGAAAUUAGUCAAAGUUAAAAAGAUGUUUGGUGGCUAGUGCUGUGGCUGGGACCCUAUAUGUCCUGUUGAUGAAGUUAGGUGCUGUUCUGAGCAUUAUUUGUGGCUAUAGAGUGGCGUUUUGGUUGAGCGCGUGGCUCUCUGUAUUGCUAUCCUGCGGUUGUUACUAAAGUUGUUAAAGCAGUUACUAAAGCAGUCAGCAACAUUCAUCUUUCGAGGGGGUGUCUAACUCGGCGUUACAGUGUGUUUGACCCCAAAUUAAUUUUACACCGGAAUAUCCCCUAAACGCUGAGCUCAUGCAUCGUCUCUUUGUCCUGUUUGGGACUGUAGAGAUCCAGAACUUGAUGAUGAGACACAGCUGAUGAGACAGAUUUGUGCAGAAAUUCAGGCCAAUAUUUGAUUCUAACUCCAGAAUUAGUGAAUUAAUGAAAUUUUUAAGCUGCAGCUGAGACAGGAGCAGCUUCACAUUCAGAAACAGCCGAAUUAGAUCUGCAGAGAGGAGCUGAGAGAGUCUGCAGCAGCGUCAGACUGUCUCUGAGUGUGUGUGUGUGUGUGUGUGUGUGUGUGUGUGUGUGUGUUAUGAUGACUCAUCCUCACCGCUACCAUGUCAGCGCCAACUGUCCCCGCUGAACAGAACUGGGACUGUUAGCACCGUUUGUAUACUCAGCACUGUGUGUAACAGACUGACGGGAUGACUCACCCUCCUCCUCCUCCUCUUCAUCGCCUUCCUCUUCAUCAGCUGACCGUGUGACCUUUGAACUGUCUGCACAGACGGUUCAGAGGUCACGGUCAGCAGAUCAGCUUCAGCAGAAUGAAAACACGAGGGUUUCACUUCGAGUUUGACAGGAACUUUUUUCUGAUUUUUAUUUAAAUGAAGUUUGAAUAAUAAUAAUGAUGAUGCAGCUGUUUUUGUUAUUUAUGAUUAAGUUAAUAGAUAAUGUUAUUAAGUGAAUCUUCAUGCAGACUUCAGGCCACCCCUGCUUGAAUCGGUACCCUCGCCCCGUGGCUCUGAUUGUAGUUCGGACACGCCCCUGACCUGAAACUCGAGUGUUUCUGCAGCUUUUGUCUCCCACAGCAGAGAGACAGAAAUAGCUGGAGGUGUUGUCCUGACUGUCACAGCUUCAGCGGAUAAAAUGUCUCCGCUCUGGCAGCUGUCGCUGAUCUUACAUCAUGUCUACAGCGAGCCAAGAGCAGCAGGAACAAAAUUGCAGAUUUUUAACGAGGAGAGGAUAAAUCCGCUGCUCCUCUUCCUCCUCCUCACAUCCAUCUCUCUUUCUUCUGGGCCCUCUCCUCUUCCUGCUCCUUUCUCUUCAAAGCUCUUAGUCCAGUCUGGGCUAUUUUAAGGCUUCAAUCUGUCCUCCCAGCGGUCGGGAUAAAUCCACUGACAGAUCCAACAGAACAGCAGCUUCAAACCCUCUCCUCUUCUUCUUGUCUCUCUGCCCUACUUUACCGACAGUUUCUGACUCAACACUUUAUUGGAGAUGUUUAUGAGGGUGUGGAAAGGAUAAAAUCACUGUUACAGCUGGUUCUGGUCUCUUUGUAACCUCUGCUCUCCCUCUCUCCUCCCUGCAGGUAAAUCCCACCUGGCCAUUGUCCAGAAGGUGAACAACGAAGGGGAGGGAGAUCCGUUCUACGAGGUGCUGGGGUUGGUGACGCUGGAGGACGUCAUCGAGGAGAUCAUCAAGUCGGAGAUCCUGGAUGAGUCUGACCUCUACAGUGAGUCAGCGUGUCCUGCUGCCGGUCCUGGCACAGAUACUGAAGUCAAAGCCCCAAACACAAACAAACACACACAAACACAUAGGAAGGCAGACACACUGACAUCCUGGAGAUGUUUAACCUCACUUCUUCAGCAUUAUUGGAGCCUUCACAGACAUGGAAGACCCUCCACUCUUUAAAACUGAGGACGCAGCAUCUGUGAUUUCCAAUUCUUCGUUGAAACAGACAACUGGAUUUACUUGAGAUGUCUCAAGUAAGUCCAGUUGUCCUUUCCAUGCGGUGACUUCCACUCCAGAGUCCUGUCUGUUAUCAGGGGUGCAGGACUUUGACUGGGAGGUAAGCACCGGCUGGGUUGUCCCUCAAGUCUUUUGAAGGGAGGACACAUUGUCCAAAGUUUCCAAAAAAUACUAAUUCUAAAAUUACAAAUUUUCAUUCGUUUGGUUUUAGGACAAUUUUUCAUUCACGUCAUUAUUUCACUUUACAGGAUAGAUAAAAUAAAGAAAAAAGAUAUAAAGUAGAAUAAAACAUUAAAUUCAAUAAAAUGUAAACGCAGAAAAGUAAAGUUAGAUAUCUGAAACAGGCGAAACAUCUUAAGAAAGUCCAGUUGUCCUUUCCAAGCAGUGACUUCCAUUCUAGAGUCAUGUCUGUCAUCAGGGGUGCUGGAUUUGGACUUGGAGCUAAGAACGAGCUGGGUUGUCCCUCUACUCAGUGUUUCCAAAAAGACCAAAUCCCAAAUUUUCAUUCUUCAGGUUUUUUUUAUUUGCAUUAUUAUUUCACUUUCCCCACUCCUUUGCAGGGUAGAAAAAAAAUCCAUGAAAAAUAAAUUAAAUAGAAAAAAACAUUUAAUUCAAUGUAAAUGUAAAAAAAAAAAUAAAGUUAAAUAUCAGAAACAGGCAAAACAUCUCAUGCGGUGACUUUCACUUCAGAGUCCUGUCCAUCAUCAGGGGUGCUGGAUUUGGACUGAGAGCUAAGCACCAGCUGGGUUGUCCCUCUUCUCUUGUGAAUGGGGGACACGUUGUCCAUAGUUUCCAAAAGUUCAAAUUCCAAAAUUCAAAAUUUUCAAAAUAGAAUUAAACUUUAAAUUAAAUGAAGUGUAAAUGUAAAAAAAAAUAAGUUAAAUAUCUGAAACAGGUGAAACGUCUGAAGUAAGUCCAGUUGUCCUUUUGGACUGGGAGCUAAGAACGAGCUGAGUGGACACUUUAAUCUUUCUAGUGCAGGACAGAUUGUCCAUGGUUUCCAAAAAGUCCACAUUUUCAUUUGUCAGGUUUCAAGACAGUUUUUCAUUUGUAUCAUUAUUUCAAUUUAUGGAGUAGAUAAAAUAAAGAUAAGAUAGAAAUAAAGUAGAAUAAAACAUUAAAUUCAAUUAAAAUGUAACAAAAUAAAGUAAAAUAUCUGAAAACAGGCAAAACGUCUUAAGUAAGUCCAGUUGUCCUUUUCAAUUAUAUCUAAGUGAAUGUUUUUUGUGUCCCUCUGCAGCAGACAACAGGAACAGGAAAAAGGUCGACCCCAAUAAAAACAAACCCGACUUCUCAGCCUUCAAGAACGACGGUGACAUCAAAGUAAAGAUCUCACCUCAGCUCAUGCUGGCAGCUCAUCGCUUCCUGGCUACAGGUGAGCUCUGGGGGGUGGGGCUAAUAUGAGAGUGAGCCCGCACAGGUUUGUUUCAACAGCAGGAGAGUUUCUGGAUUAACAAUCGACACUAUGAGGCUAACACAUACUGACCUUCGAAGAAACACUAAGCCUCAGUGGUUUCUUAGAUAUUAUCAGUUUGAUUAAAACUAAAUAAAAAAAAACUCUUAUUUCUUUUGAUUAUUUUUUAUUUACUAAAUCAUUUACUCUCAAUGAAUAAAGAGAUGAAGAAGAUUUUGGAUUACGCGUAGAUUAGAAACUUAAUUUAAGGACUUUGAACUUGUAAAUUUACACAAUAAUUCUUAUCUAUUAUGACUAAAUACAUGUAAAUCUACAACUUUUACUUGUAAAUUUACUUGUGUUUUAUUAAGUUUUUACUGUUCUUGCGGAUUUAUGACUUCGAUUUACAUCUAUUACUCUGAUAACAUAUAUCUAUACUCUUAUAAAAUUACAGCUGGAUCCUUGUAAACCUAUGAAUUUUACGAGUAAAUUUACAAUAUUUUGCAAUUCACAUUUAAUUCUCAUAAAUUUCCAGCUUUCUUCUUGUUAAAAUAAUACUUCAAUGUUUUGUCAAUUUGGGAUUAAAUUUUUGUAUAUUUACAACUUUAUCCUGAUGAAUUUACAACUGCAUUGUUGUAAAUUCAAAAUUAACAAAUUAAUUCUCAUAGUUUGCAAACUUACUCUUAACUUUUAUUCUUUUAAAUUCAUGACUUUAAUAUUCUUGUCGUGUCAUCACUUUUAUUUUAAGUUUUUUUUUUUUUUUUGCUGAUUUUGGACUAUUUUGCUUAAAACUUAUUUGUUAAACUUGAAAAUUAAUGACUUUAUACUCUGAAAUUAAUUAUUUUAUUCUUGUAAAUGGACAACUUCAUUAUCGUAAACUUGCAACUUUGUUCUUGGAAUUAACGACUUUACUCUUGGAGAUGACCUUUGAAAUCUUCAUUUUUGUUGAAAAGCAGUACACUAAAUGCACAACACUGUACAAAAAAUGAAUAACUGUGAUUAAAAAUGUUGGAAGUUGAUGUCAAUUUCAGUGUAAAUAAAGUGGAAAAAGUACAUAAUGUCCAGAAACCCAAUAAAAAAUAUGAAUAUUUAAAGGUAAUUAUGAAAAACCAUGAACCUUGUGGUUUUAAACUUUAGACAAAUAUACAAAUCUAGAUCAUUUCAGACUGAUGUUCUGUAUUUCUGUGUCCCCCCUGCAGAGGUGAGUCUGUUCAGUCCAUUUCAGAUCACAGAGAAAGUCCUGCUGAGGAUCCUCAGACACCCCGAUGUCAUCCAGGAGCUCAAGUUCAACGAGAGCGACAAACGCUCACCGCUGCACUUCCUGUACCAGAGAGGGAAACCCGUGGACUGCUUCGUCCUCAUUCUGCAGGUACACACACAACACACACACAUGCUUUCACACACAAACAUACACAGUAAAUCAGUCUGUGGGGACUUUGACUGGAAACCUCUGAGGGUCACGGGUUCAAGUCCCAGUCUGCACCAUAGUCUGUGGGUCAUGCUGGUUUCUGGAAAAGUGGGAGUUUACUUACUGAGCAGGUUAGACCACAGGUGUGAUGGUCUGAGGAGUCACUCUACAUACUAGAAACUUCCAGGUCCAUGAUGGAUAAGUCACCUCACCCCAUCAUAGACCAGCUUCUCUGCCAUCAGCGCUGAUGGUUUCGUUUGGUCGUAUUUUUGUCUCUUUGAAGCCUGCAAACCAAAACAGCUGAUCAGUGUGCUGAAGGUGGAAGAGCGUGUGUUUCAUGUCUGCAAAUAGAGCACAAAAAGAUGAGCUCUCUGACGUGAAAGUGCUGAAAAAGAGUGUGAUCUUAAACUGAGAUGAGUGUUUGGAUUAGAGUCCCUCUAAGUUAGCUAAAUGAUGCAGAAAGCUGUAGCUUAGCUUGCUUCCGUUUCUCCCUGCAGUUUCUCAGUCGAACGACUUACAUCCAAACAUGAACUAGUGCAGGGCUUAAAAGUGCAACCAUUUCACUCACAUUUGCGCCUGAAAAUAGAUGUGUGCGAAUUGUAAAAUUAAUUUUGGGGCACAUGUGCACUUUCACUGCAGAUCUACCGGUGUCUUUUCACUCUUUAUAACCGGGAAUAGCAAAAGCAGAGUGGUUAAACCUACUCGGCACCCUCGCUGUCAACGUCAGGUGUUGAAUAAGGGACCAUCAAUAAAUUACUGGUUAAUGUUCUCAUAAAAGGCUGUUUUCCUUCAAUAACUUCCAUUUCAUGUAACCAAUUGACCUAAAAUCGAUUUCAAAUAAUAGUUCGAAGGUCGGACAAUAAAACACACUCUUUAUUUCCCUAAUUGGUCCUCUAAAAAUGUUUGUGUUAAAUUUAAAGGCAAAUUUUGAACAUAUUCUUCAAUAGCUUCCAUGUCAUGUAACCAAAAGACCUAAAAUUGAUUUGAAAUAAUAGUACUUAGUAUAGUAAGUAGUACUGUCGACCAAUGAGACAAACAAUAUUUGAUCAAUCUCAUUGUGCCCCUUAAGUUUUUUGUGUGCUCCUUACUUUUUCAACUUAGGAGCACAUGUGCUCCUUGUGAAAAAAGUUAGUGUCAAGCCCUGUAGUGUUACAUGUAACUCAUGCAAACCCACUUUAAAAACACCAAACUGUCUCUUAAAGACCGUGUUGUUGGCCUGGUAGCAUGAUAACAACGUAAACAUCUGUAUGUCAGGACUUAAAAACUCCUUUACUGUACACCUGGUCUGAGUCAGCUCAUUUGUUAUGCAGACGAUCAGCCAAUUUCAUCCUUUAAGUUAAGGAUAGUAUCAGUGAUGAUAAAGCUGAGAUGUUAACACCAUCACAACGAUCUAAUUGGGUUUAAUUGAAGUGGUUUUUUUUCACUUGUCCACGUCAGAGCGGUGCUAGCAGGUCGAAGAUUCAUAAUGGAGUGAGAUUAGACGGCACAGGCCGACCUGUUUAAGCUGGUAACAAACACGGGUUUAUCUCGGGACGCUUUGUCAGUCUGGAGCUGGUAUUAGCACCCAUACAGGUUGACCUUUUAAGACUCGCGUGACUCCGGGUAACUAUGGAGACUUCUCUCAGUUUCGACAUGAAGCAACACUCCUGACUUCUGGCACUUUUCCUCGACACAAUGUUAUUCAUCAUCAAAACUGAGUGAAAUUUUUUUCAGUUAUCCGCUUAUCAAGAAAUUUUGUAAAUUUUAUCGUCAAUAAUGGGGAAAUUAUGAAAAUUAAAUAUUCUGAGGAGUAAAUCAGACGCGCAGCUCAUGAUAAACUGAAGUCUCGUUGUAUGAAUAGCUCCUGUUGUGUGAUCUCGGUGUGUCAGAGGGGCUCCUCUCUGCACGACCUUCACUAAUAGAUCCUCUUACAUAAGAGGGAGACAACCGGAGGGGGGGGGAGAGUGAAGGGGGAGAGAGAGGAUUGAAGGGCUAAGAAGGAUGGAAAAGAAGAAAAGCAGAUGAGAGGAGACGGUGUUGAAAAUCAGGAGUGGAGCAUAUGGAGAGUGAAAUAAAGAGCUGAGCGAAGGUUAGGGAUGAAUGUGGAGAUGAAGUGGAGGAGUGUCUGUCAGUAAAUCCCUCCUCUGCAGCAGAAAGAGAGGAAGAAGAGGAGGAGGAGGAGGGAGGGCUGUAGAGAGCCAGCUUUACUCUCUUCUGGUGCAGUUUUGCAGUUCACAGACUGUCCCAUUUUCUAAUUUGGGAUUGUAGCUAAACUGUGAAGAUGCUGAAGUCAGACAUUUCUUACAUGUAAAGGAACCAUUUGCCUUACUAACUCCAUAACCCACAAAACUGCCACCAGAGAGUGAGAGAGAGACCACAAACCCCCCAAAAAGGAGGCUAUCUUCCCCAGGUCCAACGAGAGCUGACAAAACAGCAGGAUUUUUUAAGAUGAGGGAAAGAGAUUAGAAAGAGGACUGGAAAGGAAAACCAGGACAGGAGGCCUGUUUUUUCUAGGUUGUACCUCAUAUUUAUGAAGUAGAAAUGACAGAAGAGCCUGUUUUGACUCGAGUAUAACCUUCAUUCUCCUGUAGGAAUAGCCUGCAUGCUCUACCUCCUCCCUGUUCCCCUGUUUUUAUGAGGCAGAAAAGAAGAUAAGAGAGAAAAAUACAAAGAAUUACAAGAAAAAUGUAAAGAACUCACUUUAUUUUGAGCUCAACUCUGUAUCCCUCUGCAGGAUUAGAUUGUACGCUCUGCAAUCCCUCCUUCCCCUUAAGGUAGGAAAAAGCAGAAGGUAGACAACAGGUUUUUAAAAUCUGUAGAGGACUUAUGGGAGCCAGUUUGGGGUAGAGCUCAGCUUCCUUUCCCUGCAGGAUUGGGCUGUACACUCUACCUCCACCUAUUCUCCAAAUUCUGUGAUGAAGAAAGAAGGAAGAGUGGAGUAAAAUAGACAAAAAAAUAGAAGUAUUUGUGAGGCUUGUUAAUGCCCUUACUAGGUUUGUCUGUACGCUCUACCUCCCCCCUUUCCCCCCAAUUUUUACAGAGGUACAAAGAAAAGAAAGGAAGAGAAAAGUACAAGUGUUAAGGGCAUACGCUCUACCUCUCCAUGCUCCCCUAUUUUUAAGGAGAUAAGAAAGAUGAGAAAAGAGAAAACAGACAAAAAAAAUUCUGUAGAAUUGUUAACAGCCUGUUUGGUUCAAACAACCCCCCACUGGGUUUGGACGUACGCUCUACCUCCCCUGUUUUUGUUUUUCAAUUUUCAUGGAGGUAAUGACAGAAAGGAAACAGAAACCCUUCGUUCUGCAGGAUUAGGCUGUGUGCUCUACCUCCACUUAUUCUCCAAAUUCUGUGAGGAAGAAAAGAAGAAAAGAGACGAGUAAAUAAGACAAGAAAAUAGAAGUAUUUCAGGCUUGUUAAUGCCCCUUACUAGUUGGUCCCUACGCUCUACCUCCCCCUUUUUUCCAAUUUUUUAUAUGGAGGAGCAAAGAAAAAGGGAGACAGAAGAACAGAAGUGUGUUUGUACUGAGGCUCAAGCCAGUUUCUGCCUGGCCAGUUUAGGGCGUACACUCUAUCUCCCUGCGCUACCCCUAAUUUUUGGAGAUUAGAGAGAAUACUAAUAAAAAAAAAAAUCUGUGUAAAAUUUAGACAGCCUGUUUAGUUUAGACAGCCCUUCUCUGGGUUUGGCCGUACGCUCUACCUCCCCUGUUUUUUUCCAUUUUCAUGAAGGAGGUGAUGACAGAGAGGAAACAGAAACCCUUCCUCCUGCAGGAUUAGACCAUACGCUCCACCUUCCCCCUUUCCAAAAGUCCAUGAGGGAAGAAAACAGCUGUUUGAGCCGGAGCUCAAGCCUCCAUCACCCUGUUCAGUUAGUCUGUACGCUGUACCUACCCUCAUCCUUUCAAAAUAAAGUAUUAUCGUGUUCUGCUCGUUGUGUUCAAACAUCAUAAUGCUGCGGCUGUUAUUAGGAGGUGUGUUUGGAGUGUGUGUGUGCGUGUGUGUUUUCACACUCUGAGGUUUUGUUGUCGACGCCUCAGGUGUGGAUAAAGUGACCGGAGACACUCAGAGAGCAACCUGAGCCCUUCUGCUCCUGUUUCACACCUGAAAUCUAUACAUUUAUCUGUGUGUGUGUGUGUGUGUGUGUGUGUGUGUGUGUGUGUGUGUGUGUGUGUGUGUGUGUGUGUGUGUGUGUGUGUGUGUGUGUGUGUGAGUGUGUGUUAUGUAAAAAGACACUGGGCCUCUGGUGGGAUGUAAUAUUCAUAGGACGUCAAAGUGUUUCUGUUACCUGCCACAGGAGACGACUGCAGAGCUUCCUUUUACACACACACACACACACACACACACACACACACACACACACACACAAACAGGUGUUGUUAAGUAAAUAAACUUUUUAAAUAAAGUUAUGGUGUGUGUGUUUUUGUGUUUUAGGGUCGAGUGGAGGUGGAAGCUGGAAAUGAAAACAUGAAGUUUGAAACCGGUCCCUUCUCGUACUACGGGGUCAUGGCUCUGAGCUCGCCGACAGCAGGUGAGACCGACACACACACACACACACACACACACACACACACACACACACACACAAACAGGACAUAUGCACAAAUACACACACAUGAAGUUUUAAGAGGAACAGAAAUACAAGGCCCUUAGUUUGAAUUCAGUAAAGCUGAAAUGUGCAGUUUCUGUUUUCUUUGUUUGGUCGUGUUUGGUUUCUCAGUUUUAGUGACUCUGAGGUCUCAGUUUUUCCCUCUGCCCCUCCUCUGUGGUCUUAAACUAGGAAGUCUUCUCAGUCAAACCUGCGACACAAGAUCCAUUUUCAACCCCAGCUCUAUUAAAGUUAGGACGCUUUGUCAAAUCAUUUGUGGUCCUUGCACUUUUUUCACUUUUUAAAAAUAAUGUAGAAGUCAUUAAAUUUAAUUUUUCAUGAAUAUUUUAAAAAGUGUAAAAACUUUUUUGUGAUUGAGUUUGAGAGAUCAGUAACACUUAGUCGCUUAUCUCUACGCAUUCUAAAUAUAUGUAUAAUGCGUUAUAAUCACGUUAUAGCACUGUGUAACUAUAGUUAUAAACACUCAUAAAUGAUCAUAAUGCUUUAUAGAAAUAAUCACAACACAUUAUAAAGCAUUUUAUUAUGACUUACAAGGUCAGGUAUUAUAAUGUGUUAUAACUGUUACCAACUCACUGACAAUGCCCACAUAGAUAAUGCAAUGCAACUGUUGUUAACAGUUAUAACACAUUAUAAUACCUAACUUUGUAAGUCAUGAUAAAAUGCUUUAUAAUGUGUUAUGGUUAUUACUAUAAAGAAUUAUGAUAUAUACAGUAUAUAUAUCAGAGUCAACAUUAAAAAUGUGGUUUCUAUGAUUUUUACACAUUAAUGAAUGGAUAGGUUUGUAUGUCAUGACUAAUUAAAGUUUAUAAUAAUUGAAUCUGAUUAAGUGUGUAAAGAGAGUCUGUGUGGACUCUGUGUCACAAAGUGCUGCGUCAGUGAGAGCAAAGUCAAGCUUUCUGUUUGAAGACGGGAGCUAAAUGUCAACAGGCUUAGUCCAAAUAAGGAAACACUUCCUGUGGACCGAGGUCAAACCAAGUUCGUUUCAUGUCUUUGGAGCGAUCAGGUGACACCUGAGAAAUCAAGCAGAGACUCUAAAGAGAUGUUCCCCCCCGUUCAUCGAGACUGCAGCAGCUUACCUUAAUGGAGUUAAUUAAAAAGUUAAUGAGGUUAAUUAAAAAUGGAUUCAGGAGAACAUCCAUUGUUCGAGAUGCUGCAGGUGUAAAACGCCACAGAAGACAAGGCGCUGCAUGGUAACUAAGAAUAUUAAAGACUUUUAUUUUGAAGAGUCAUGAUGGCUGGACUCAGGAUGAGGUUUCACUGCAGUUUUGGGAUCCUCCACUUUUGUCACCUUUGUGCAUAAAACAAACCAACAAGCCAAGAGUUUGCAGAGUUAUCACCGUGGCACAUAAACAGAAUUUAUUUGCACCUUUGAAGCUUAAAAGUCUGAUUUGAGUGAAAUUAAAACAGUAAGUUUAAAACAGAGCAGGUCAAACAUCAGCUGGGUUAUCUAACAGGCGGUUUAUAUUCAAUGCUGACUCACGGAGAAGCUGAAAUAGAGGGCGGAGGCUGUGCGGUGCGUCCAGGUGGAUGAUGUAAGCCUACCUGAGCAGGCCUUGCUGGUGUCAGCCUGCAGACAGAGUCUACAGUACAUACACCACAUCGCUGCUGUUUACCACUGUUACUGUAACACCGCUGCCUCCUGGUGGUUCAGAAGUGUAACUGCAGAUAAAUUUGACGACUUCUCUUCUCUCCCUUCCUCUCUGCUGUCCCUGUUUCCCUCCUUUUUUCUGUCCUGGAUACACUUCUGUCUCUAUGUCCUGCAGCUCAAUUCAUGUGCAUGUGCAGCCUUGAACGUAUUUAUGUUCAACUCCUUUUCUCAUGCUUUACUCUCAUUUCUAUUUUAAACUAUACGCUUUCUUGGUUCCUAGGUUUGUUUUUCCGAAAUGUUACCCUAAUGUUACCUGAUGGACACGAUAGUUGUGGUAACAAUUCAACACGACAUAAAACUGGGCUUUAUUACUUUAGAUUCUUGGUGCGAAAAUGACAAAUACUUUGUUUUGGAAGCUCUUCAGCAGAUUGUUUUAGUUUGGAGGUGAAAAAUAGAAAAUAACAGGUGUCAAAGGUUUCAGGUUGAGGCAGCAGUCAGACCUGACCUUACACAAAAACAUACCUUUGUGCUUGUCCUCAUAAAUAAACCUGUUAUAAAUACAAAUAUGUCUUUGCUUGCAGGGACUUUCUGCAUUAUUUGUUUAUCCACUGUUAUUUAUUUUAGAGAAUCAAAUUUUGAGUACAAGCAGGAACCUUUAACGGGAUAUUCUGGUGUAAAAUUAAUUUUGGGUCAAACACAGCGUAACACCAAGUUAGACACCCCCUCAAGAGAUGAAUGUUACCGACCGCUUGCUUCUCUGGUUUUACCAACAUUAGUAAGGACCGCAGGAUAGCAAUACACAGCGGUCUGAGGAGCCAUAAACAAACCUCAACCAAAACGCCACUCUAUAGCCACAAAUAAUGCUCAGAACAGCACCUAACUUCAUCAACAGUACAUAAAGGGUCCCAGCCAUAGUACUAGUCACCAAACAUUCAAGAUUCAAGAUUUGUUUAUUUGUCAUGUGCAUGUUAGUCAAGGUCAACAGUGCAAUGAAAUGCUCUGACAGCCUCUGUACAUCGGCCAUCCAUUGCUCUGAAGAAUGGGAGGGGAGGAAACAUCUUUUUAACCUUUUUUUCUUUUUUACUAAUUUCUUCAGCAAAGAGACUAAACACAUCUUACCCACUCUCUUCCAGCAGCCACUUGUUUGUAGCGAGACCUCGGGCCACUCCAUUACAGACUACAGCGGGGUGACGGAGCUCAAGAAAGAACAUUUAUGAUCAUUUCUUCAUGGAAAUGCAAUCAGACCGAGACGCUAAGGCAGAAGAACUACCACAUCUGCAGUGCAAAAUGAUUUAUAUGACGAUUAUUACUUCAAGGAAAUGAUAAAGAAAUGAUCAUAAAUGUUCUUGCUUGAGCUGCGUCACCCCGCUGUCGUCCGUUAUGGACUGGCCUGAGGUCUCGUUACAAACAAGCGGCUAUAGAGUGGCGUUUUGGUUGAGGUUUGUUUAUGGCUCCUCAGACCGCUGUGCAUUGUUAUCCUGCGGUCGUUACUAAAGUUGGUGUAACUAGAGAAGCCAGCAGUCAGCAACAUUCAUCUCUCGAGGGGGUGUCUUACUCGGUGUUACAAUGUGUUUGACCAUAACUUAAUUUUGUGCUGGAAUAUCCCUUUAAGUGAAAGAGCACGGUGUCAAAGACAUUUGCAGAAAAGUUACACCCUUAGAAAUCACAAUAGAUUAUCUCUAAAUUGGAUCCAAAUUAUAAAAUGUACACCCGCUCAAACUGGUAACCAUGUGUCGCAGUAUUUGAAGUAUUAUGUUAUUGUUUUUGUACCUGAGACAGAAAAUUUACAGAUGUUUUUGUGCAGCAAAAGCAGACUUUCCCCCUGUGGGACUAUUAAAGGAAUAUCUUAUCUCAACAGCAUGAACAGAUGAGGGAUUCACUCUUGGCCAAAAUGAAAAAAUCAAAUAAACAAACUCCCAUCUCUCUCUCUCUCUCUCUGCUCCCUCCUCCCCCUCCUCUGUCAGCUGUCACCCCUCCUCUCUCCCCAUCAGUGGCGUCCCCCCCUCCACGACGCCUCUCUCUUAAGAGGUUUUCUCUGUUCUCUCGUUUCCCAGGUAAACACUCGCAUGGGCCAGAGGAGGGAGGGUGAGGGUGGGGGUGGGGUGUUCCUCUUUGAGGCGGUUUCACCAUUUUCCCCUUUUUUUCCAUCAUCUUCAGAGCCCUGAUCCAGCAAGUACCGAACACAACAAAACAAGUAAAAGGCAGUCUGCUAUUUUGAAAGUCUAAUUCGCUUUUUGCUGCUUGUUCAUGAGUUUCUGGGCUCACACUGGUCCUCAAAGAAGAGGACUUGAUUAUCAGGAUAUAGGGCCAGAUUUAUGUGCAUUUGUUCUACCUGAGUACAGUGUGGUUUAAAAGUCCUUUAUGAACGUAUUUAACGCUAUCAGCGUCUGUGGAGGAUCUGCAGCCUCUCAUCCAUUCAGUGAUCUGAGGGGACAGGAUGUUAUAGAAAUAAGGGGCUCUCUGAAUCUGGUCUGAAGAUGGAGGGUGCAGACUGAUGCAAACAUGGUGAGUGCACCAGGAGAGCCUGUGCAGGAUGUGUUUUAAAAAAAGUUAUAAAAAUAUUUGGAUGUGAUUUAGUUUUUUUUUAUGGAUUUUAAGACAUUUGAGACCCUCAUUAGCGUAAACGGAUUAAAGAGAUCAUUGGUUCAAGUCCCAGACCAAGGACUAGUGGUCCAGAACCUUCAGCUGCAGAGUUAGAAAAAAACUUGCUGGAUGGGGCUCUUGGCGUGUUGCGACUAAUUUCUAAUCCUCUGACCGGCCUCCUCCCUUUAACCACUGAUCUACGGUCAGGCCGGACAGCGAGCUGAAUCAGAGGGAAACUCUGACUGUAGACCUCUGGUUAAAGGAGAAGUGCAACAUUUUGAGAAUUACACUUGUUUGAUUUCUUUCAAGAGUUGAUUUUACAAAUUUGUGUUUAAUUGUUGAUUUUUAUAUAAUAAAAUAUUUAAUAAAUAUUUUAAAAAAAUCUAAUCUUGUUUCAGUUUACAAGCUUUUCAGUCAGAGAAUCAUUAAAAAAUGUUUGUGUAAGGGCUGCAACUGUACCUGUAUUGAAGAUAAUAGUCUUUCUUUUAAAAUGAUGUGUAAAUAUUUGGCUAAAAAUAAUCAUACAGUAAUUAUUAGAACAGUUAGAUCACAGGAAACUGUCAAUUUCAGGUCUAUAGCACUGCUGUGAAACUAAUUUGACCUUUUAAGAAACUCUAGGAGACAAGCAAGAUUCAUGAAGCUGUAAAAACCUAAACAUAGUUAGACUCACUUUUCAUUAGUAGCCGUAAUUUAUUUUGUAAAGUUGCUGCAAAGAAAAAAAAGCAGUGCAAAUCUUCUGAAAGGAAUAAAAAAAAAGAAAAAAAAGGAAGAAAAAAGGAAAGAAAGGGAAAAAGUAAAAGAAAGGAAAAAGAAAAAAAGGAAGGGAAGAAGAAAGGGCAAAAAAGAGAAAAAACAGAAAAUCUAAAAGAAAAAGAAUGAAAGAAAGGACGAAAAAAAGGGAAAAAGAAUGAAACAGAAAAAAGAAAGAAAGAAAAAAGACAAAGACAGAAAAAUGAAAAGAAAGAACGAAAGAAAAAAGGGAAAAAGAAAGGAAAAAAGGCAAUAGGAAAGAAAAAAGGGAAAAAAGAAAUUAAGAAAAAAGAAACAAAAAAGGGGAAUAGAAAGAACAAAGGAAAGGAAGAAAGGAAAGGAAAAAAGGAAAGGAAUGAUUGAAAAAAAAAGAAAGAAAAGAAGGAAGGGAAAAAAGAAUAAAACAAGGAAGAAAGGAAAAGGGGAAAAGGGAAAGAAAGUAAGAAAAAUAGGGGAAAAAAAAGAAAGAAAAAGAAAAAAGGAAAGAAUGAGAAAAAGACAGAAAAAAAAGAAAAGAGAAAAAGAAAGAAAGCUAACGUGUGUUUUCUCAAAAUGUUGAACUGUUCCCUUAAGCACAAGACCCUUACUCGUUCUCCGACCAUCACCGUCGCUCUCUCUCUCCUUAAACACGACCCUUCAGGAAAGAAGUGAUGACAACAACUCUCUUCCUGCACUUUCACCCCUUUUUCCAUGACAUCACUAAAAGCAGCCAAUCAGAGAGGCUCCUCCUCCUGCGAGCUCAGACGGUCCUUUUCUGUGGUCAUGAGAUGCUCAAACGAUGCACUCUGCCUCACCGCAUGGCAUGUUUGUCGCAUUCUUUACAUAACAAACACGAGCUCAUCUCUUCCAUCAGCCAAUCACAGCACAGCGAUGAUGUUGACACUAAUAUACUUAAUAUUAAUGUUUGAUAUAAAUGUGUGUGUGUGUGUUUGUGUGUGAGUGUGUGUGUGUGUGUGUGUGGUGUGUGGUGUGUGUUUUAGUGUGACCAGCUCUCACUAACUCCAUUUUUCAUCACCUCACAUCUCUUCUGAUGUUUCUGGGUGUGUUUCUCUCCAUUUGUGUUGAAAUUGUGCGUUUACUGUGUGUGUAUUUUUCGCUCACUCUCUUCUCUCUUGACCUUAGAGUUUCGUUCUCCGUCACACGGGGGCAACCUCAACCGCUCUGCGUCUCUGAGCUGCACUGAGCGCGCUCCAGACAGCGGCUCGGUGGGUGGGAGCAUCAACCAGAUCCCAGGGACUCCUUUUCAGUACAUACCGGACUUCUGCGUGCGAGCUCUCACGGACCUGCAGUUUGUCAAGGUAACUCACACCUGCUGAAUAGGGGAGACCGGGGCUGGUAUUACCUGAAAUGUCAUAAAUAAAAACAUCAUCUGCAUAAGAAAAACUCCAUAAACAUGACAGUCUCAUCUCAGCCUUAACACUUACAACUCGCUCGCCGGCAAUCCCACGUGGCACCAUUAAUAUUGUUUACAAUUUCUCAGGAACUAUACUGUGUAUCUCUAUGGGAUGAAAAGUGUUCAAAAGCUAACCCUUUUGGUGAUCUAUUGAGGGUUUCCAGUCAUUUAUACACCUCCCACAAGGUUUACAAUCCAGCCACAAAUAUAAGUGUUUGAUCAGAGACGUUUGAUGGUAAAUCGGCAGUGAUGUACCAGUGAAAACAUGAUUAUUUAUCAUAUUGUUUUGAUAAAAAAAGAUUGCUAUUGCUAAAUGCCGCUAGUGUCUUCUGGGUUUGACAAGCAGUUUUGAUGACAUCUUUUUCUGUCAAACUUUCGACCAAUUACAUGAUUUCAUGUUCUUCUUCUACUGUUCCCUUGACAGUAGUGUCCAAUAGACAGGUUUCUUGUGUACAAACAAUAUUAGGUGCAUGGGGCAAAAGCCUGCUUUCUGUGCAGUGUCAUCACAGCUAUGCGCACGCAGCCUUGGGGCAGAAAUCAGGACAUUUCUUAUUUGUUUACUAGCGGAGUCAAUGGAGAAAGAAAUUGACAAGGAGCUGUUUUGCUGUAAACCGUACAAAUCGGCAAAACAAACAAUCAGCAAAUAUUAUGACCCUGCUCCCGAUAUUAGAAACAUCUAAGACAAUAUCACAACCUGGUAAGUUGAGAGAAAUUCAUGGAUAUUUCAGCAAGUGUUUUCCUGAUUUUGAUGUUAUAAAAGACAAAGUGAUUUUUUAAUGAAAUGACAUUUUAUUGCAAUUGUGUCAGGGAGAACUUGCAAACAAUACGGCAUCCUCAUUGAUAUCAGUUUACUCCGAAGCAGGCUUUUGCCCCUCUGGUUACGCGCACCUAGUAUUGUUUGUACACAAGAAACCCGUCUAUUGGACACUACUGUCAAGGGAACAACAGAAGAAGAAUAUGAGACCAUGUAAUUGGUCAAAAGUUUGACAGAAAAAGAUGUCAUCUAAACAGCUUGUCAAACCUGGAAGAGAUUAGCGGCAUUUAGUGAUAGCGAUCUUCUUUUAUCACAACAAGAUGAUAAAUUAUCAUGUUUUCACUGGUAUAUCACCGCCGAUUUUCCAUCAAACGUCUCUGAUCAAACACCUAUAUUUGUGGCUGGAUUGUUAACCUUGUGGGAGGUGUAUAAAUGACUGGAAACCCUCGAUAGAUUGACAAAAGGGUAAGCUUUUGAACACUUUUCAUCCCGUAGAGAUACACGGUAUAGAUGGGUUUCUGUGCAACGAAAUCGCAAGUGUCUGCGCAAACAUUUCAGCAAAUAUUACGACCCUGCUCCUGAUAUUAGGAACAUCUAAAACAAUAUCACACAACCUGGUAAGUUGAGUGAAAUUCAUGGACAUUUCAGCAAGUGUUUCUCUGAUUUUUUUUUUCUCUGCUUGAUUAGUUUUUUGCUUGAUCAGAUUAGUGCUGAUUAGGUAUUAACUUAAAUCUGUUUUUGAUAAUUUUUUAAUUCUCUAUUAUGAAUGGAAGAGUGGGUACACUUUUGGUACAGUAGGAUUAGAGAUGGAACGAAAACUUAAAAAGUAUUGGUAAUCUGCUUAAUAUCUAAUAUGUUGUUUUUUGUUUUUUAUUUUACAACAAUUAAGCAGUGGUAUGUAGGCAUGAUAAAGGGGAAUUAAUGUGACCCUAUAUAUUAUUUGAACUUCGUUUUUUUUUUUUUUUUUUUUUAAUUUAAUUAAUUAAUUAAUUUAUUUAUUGAUUUAUUUGUUAAUUUAUUUUUUUUUUAUUUUUAUUUUUUUCCUUGAUUAAAAUAAUGAAAUAAAAGCAAAAUGAUAAAUUAGAAAGCAAGAAAGUUUAAGUUAUAUUGUACUAUUAAUUUUUGAGGUGAAAUGUUUUCUUGAAGGUUUUAAUUAAUAUUAUUGUUUUACUUUUAUAUUUCAAUUAUAUGAUUAAGUAAUAGAUUUUGGGGAGGGACUAAUAAAUGAAUCAUCUGAAGAACAAUGUGGACCUAUUUAAUUUUGUCUCUGGGUUAAGACUUGAGCAGUAGACAUAAUGAUGUAAAGUAAUUGAAUUGAAUUGAAUUGAAUUUAUUUUAAUGUACGUUAAAGGGGAAUAGAGAGUAUAUAACGCUAGCGGCAAAGGCAAGUUUAAGAAAGAAUAUCUUGGUGGCUGAUACAGUCCACCCUAAGGACCAUUUGAGUACCUCAAUAAUGGUCAUCGAUAAAGACUACCUGAUUUUAUGGUGGUACAAAUGAAUUCUGUCUGUUUUUCUUGCUCUUUUAUUAUUUCCUUCUUUUUUUUUCUCUCUCUUUCUAUUCUCCUCUUUCUCUCCUUCCCUUCCCCUUUCCCAUGGUGCUCAUGAUUUUACCCAACUCAAAUUGUCACUACGAAAUACAAAAGCAAUUCAAAAUCAUUUAAAAUUGUUAAUAGGUGAAAUGACAAAGUUGAAAACAAUUUCAUUAAAUGUUAAUGGACUUAAUAAUCAAACUAAGAGGAGGAAGACUCUCCUUCAGUUGAAAAGAGCUGGAGGAGAUGUCCUCUUCCUACAAGAAACUCAUUUGACGAAAAAAGAACAUAAGUUGGGUAAGGGUUUCAUUUACUCCAGCUCAUAUGGAUCACAAAAGAGGGGCGUUGCUAUAAUUAUACAACCACACAUUGCAUUUAAAGAAAAGAAUUGUAUAGUUGAUAAAGAGGGUAGGUUUGUGUUAGUAAUUGGUAAAAUUGAGUCAAUUACAGUUUCAUUUCUAAAUGUAUACUAUCCACCAGAAUUGGGCCCAGAUUUUAUGUCAGAAAUAAUUGAAAUGCUAGUAGCUAAAUUUAAAGGAAUUACUUUGAUGGGAGGAGAUAUGAACUUGACAAUAAACCCCUGAUUGGAUUCCUCAAAUAAUAAAGCACAUAGAGCCGAUAAAACAUCAUCAAUUUUAAGAGGUGCAAUGGCAGAGUUUGGCUUGGUAGACACAUGGCGGAUGAACUUCUACUUCUAAUAGAUUUGACUAUUUUCUCAUGUUUAAAAAAGAUGUGGAGCUGAUUGAAACAUGCAAAAUUGGUAUAAGAGACUUAUCAGACCAUGAUACCGUAACGAUAACUAUAAAUCUUAACAUAAAGGAAGGGGAAAAAAUAUGGAGACUAAACAACUCAUUUCUAAAAAACAAGCUAUCUGUAAAAAAAAAAAAUAAAGAUCUAAAAGAAUAUCUAGAGAUCAAUGAUGAUGGAGAUACUAAUUCAAUUAUCUUAUGGGAAGGAGCUAAAGCUGUGUUACCAGGACAUAUAAUAGCUUACGGUGCAUUUAAGAAAAGACAAAAACAACAAAAACAGAAGACGCUUGAACAAAAAAUACAAAUUUUGGAAGACAGAUUAAAAAACACAAAUGAACUCAACUUAAAAAUUGAAUUAAAAAAUAGAUAUAACGAGCUGGACAUGAUCCGUAUGGAAGAAGUUGAGAAGUUAAUGACGUACACUAAACAGAAAUACUACAAUGGAGGCCGAAAUUCUUUAAAACUCCUAGCAUAUAGACUUAAGACUCAGAGUAAAAAAGCAUAUAUUACUAAAUUGAAGACAGCAAAUGGUUCUGAAAUAUUAACAGAAAAAGAAAAAAUAGCUGAAGAAUUUGCUAAAUAUUAUGAAAAACUUUAUAACAGCAAUACAGGUGAUAUGGACUUGGAACAAAUGAAAAGCUUCUUAAAUAAGCUGAAUCUAUAACGGGUAGCGGAAAGGCAAAAUGAGAAGUUAAUUAAGGAUAUCACAGCACAGGAAAUACUACAACAAAUAAAUCGACUAAAAAUGGGCAAAACACCAGGUGAUGAUGGAUAUACUAAUGCAUUCUAUAAAACCUUUAAAAAAGAGCUGGUACCAUUACUUCUAAAAGCCUACAAUUGUGCAUUACAAACAGGAACAUGGGCAGCCACCUGGAACUCAUCUAUAAUAACAGUGAUUCACAAAGCAGGUAAAGAUGCAACAGAAUGUUCCUCAUAUAGGCCAAUAUCCCUACUGAAUACAGAUCAUAAAAUAAUAACAUCAAUCAUAGCCAAUAGAUUAAAGGAUAUAGUGACGGAUAUAAUAGAUAGUGAUUAGUGUGGUCUUAUAUUGAGUAGGCUGUUAUCAGAUAAUAUUAAAAGGACUCUAAAUAUUAUAGAUUAUUCACAUAAAAAUAACACAACCCCUCUACUCUUGACGUUGGAUGCCGAAAAAGCAUUUGAUAGGGUCAUAUGGCCGUUUAUGUUUGAAAUUGUAAGAAGCUUUGGUUUUCAUGAGAAGUUUAAUGAGUGGCUGCAAGCAAUGUAUAAAAAUCCAAUGUCAAGAGUGAAAGUGAAUGGCACAAUAUCUAGAAGAUUCCCAAUUUACAAAGGCACAAGACAAGGUGAUCCGCUCUCGGCAAUGAUAUUUGCAAUAUGUAUGGAAGGACUAGCAGAAAGUAUAAGAAAGAAUAAUAACAUUAAAGGAAUAACCAUAAAGGAGGAGCAACACAAAUUGGCAUUAUAUGCAGAUGAUGUUAUCAUAUACCUGGCAUCACCUGACCAAUCGCUACCAAAUUUAAUGGAAGCAAUUACAGAGUAUAGUAAAUAUUCAGGUUAUAAAUUAAAUGAAAGUAAGUGUGAAGCAUUAACACUUGGUGAACAGUUACCAGUAGAAAUCAAGGAAAGAUAUAAACUGAAAUGGGAUUUUAAAAAAAAUUGAAUACUUGGGAAUUUACCUCACUGGAGAUUUAAAAACGUUGUAUAUAGACAACUAUCAAGCUCUAGAGAAUAAAGUGAAGUAAGAUCUAAAUAGAUGGAGGGUAAUACCUGAAUCACUACUGAGUAGAGUUGAAAGUGUUAAAAUGAUGAUUCUUCCACAAUUUCUGUUUUUAUUUCAGACUCUGCCAAUACCCAUACCACAUAGUAGCUUUAAAAGAUGGAAUAAAAUGAUCUCUGAUUUUAUUUGGAAUCAUAAAAGUAAACGGAAAAAAUUCAGUUUAUUAACUCAAACCAAAGAAAAUGGACGGCUUAAUCUCCCAGAUUUAAUGUCCUACUUUCAUGCUACUCAAAUAGACAUCAUAAUGAAAUGGAUGAAUAACUCGGUUAAAACAAAAUGGAAAAUAAUAGAAAAACAAUUAACCUUAAUAUCAAUUAGAACAUUACCUCAUUUAAGUUUAAAACAUAUUCAAAAAUAUAGCGGAAGUAAUGCAUGUGUUGAAAACACUUGAACAAAUUGGAAAUGUAUCCGUAAAAUGUAUAAAUGUGAUGAAAAUUGUAUAUAUUUGAGAGAGAUAGCCAGAGAUCCAGAUUUUCUGCCAAAUAAAACUGGUAAAAUUCCAGAAGAAUGGGCUAGAAAGGGAUUACAUGUGUAUUCACAGAUAAUUAAAAAUAACACAAUAGAUUCAUUUGAAACUUUAGUUAACACAUUUGAUAUAAGCAAUAAUCAUUUUUUUAAAUACCUACAAAUUAGAAGUUAUCUUAUGAAACAUCAAAGAGAACAGGGACAGAGAAUUCAUGAGAUAAUAGACUUUUUGAGCAAAAAUAAAAAUAGUGAAAGGGGUAAAAUUUCAAAACUUUAUAGAAUUAUGCAAGAAAUUAAGAUUAAUGUUGAUAAUAUGAAAGAAAAAUGGGAAGAUGAAUUAACAAUAACAAUAUCAGGAGAAGAUUGAAAUGAAGCAUGUGAAAGAAUUUUUAAGACAACACAAUCAAAGUAUUGGAGAGAAUUUGCUUGGAAAAUUAACAUGAAGACUUUUUUAACACCCAAAACCCUAUCAAAAUAUAGACCAGCUGGCAGUGCGGAAUGUUGGAGGAAAUUUGCAGAGACGGAAGCCAAUCAUGCCCAUAUUUUCUUGCUCUGUCCAGUGUUGAAAGAAUUUUGGGAAACAGUAAAGGUGGAAAUAGCAAAUACAUUUGGAUUGAAGAAUCCCUUAUACCCAAUUAAUAUAUUAUUAGGCAUUAUCCCAUCAGAAAUAGAUAGAGAGAGAGAUAAAUAUCUGUUUACAACAAAUCAAAACAAAUCACACGCAAAUGGCUGGACCUAAAGCCACCAUCAAGUAAUGACUGGAAAAAAACUGUUGAAGAGAUUAAAGACAUGGAAGGAAUCACCUACAAAAUAAGGAACUGUGAAGAUGAAUUCACAAGAAACUAGAGUAAAUGGGUCUCAUAAAUAUAGAAAUAUAUUAUAUAUUAUUAUGUAUUAUAUGUAUUAAAAAAAACAACAACAACAGCAAAACAGACUCAGGAGCACUACAGGAAACCCCCCCCCCCCCCCUUCUCUUAUUAUUAUUAUUUCCUUUUUCGUAUUUUCUUUAUUCAUGAGUGUUUAAAAAAGAGAAAAAGAAAUACAGGAUGAAUUAAACAAGUUGAGAACUUGUAACACGCUGAAAUGGAAAACAUAUAUGUAAAGAAUGGGAAUGAACCUGCAAUAAAGUAUUAAGUGUUUUUCUGAUUUUGAUGCAAUGAAAGACAAAGUGAUUUUUCAAUGAAAUGACAUUUUAUUGCAAUUGUGUCAGGGAGAACUUGAAAACAAUACAGCAUCUUCAUUGAUAUCAGUUUACUCUGAAGCAGGCUUUUGCCCCCUGGUUGCACGCGCACAUAGUAUUGUUUGUACACAAGAAACCCGUCUAUUCCUCUUCUAUUGUUCCCUUGAUGGUAGUGUCCAAUAAGAGGCAACCAAAGAUCGACAAGAGACAAGGAAGUUCCCUGCUUGUUUGCAAAAUAAGAAAUAAUGGUCCUAAAUGUCUGGAAACAAGCAAAGAAGAGAUUAUGAGCAGUAUGACGUGGUCCUCUGUUUCAUCCCAGAUGGGAACUGCUUCAAGGAGUGUCAUAAACAACUGUAAAUAGUAAAAAAAAACGCCUGAAAAAUUAGUGUAAAUAUAUAAAUAGUUUCUAUUGUGUGUUUGUUUCAAUCCUAAUAUUUAUUCUCCUGAUAGCCAAGACUUAACAGAAUGAUGUGCAGGUGAGAAAAAGCUUGUUCACUGUAGAUUUAUGUGUUUUUUAAGCAAAGUACUGUUGGUAUCAAUUUCAGUUUUUGUUUUUUGGUUGACUUUGAUGGUUCUGAAUCUACUGUCUCGUUCAUUUUACAUAUUUUUUGCACCCAUAAACUGACAGCUGAGGUUGUCCUGAAAAAAAAGAUAUUUGCUGUGCUUGAAAGGAUCGAGUUGCUACAUAGAUUUAAUAAAGAAAAAAAAACAGGCGGACCAAUAAUAGCAAAAUAUAGCCAGGAGUUGUACGGGUUACAACCAGCCAAACCUAAGGACUCACAGGAAACAUGCGCACAUUCAGGGUUAGCUCCACCGGGGGUCACCAGAGCACUCUGUUAGCUGAGCGUGUUUUCUGCAGUGUCACUGACGGUGUUUUCUGCCCUCAGAUCACUCGUGCUCAGUAUCAGAACGGUCUCCUGGCGUCCAGGCUCGACAGCUCACCACAGACCCCAGACGGCAGCCACACUCGCCUGGACACGUCUGUCUCGUUGCCCCCCAUCACGCCACCGGGGACCCGCGCUCCACUGCCACUGGCCACGCCACCUGUGAAGCGCCAGCCAUCCAACACUCAAGUCCCGCCAACCAGCCGCUCUCUACCCCAAACCACGCCCUCCUCUGGCCGUAGACCCAGCCAGUCUCUGCCGCAAGCCACUCCCCCUCCCAGCAACCACACCUCAAUCUCUCAGACCCCCUCGUCCACCAUGACCACAGCGACCUCCAACCCCCACCCGACUCUGACCUCCUCCAAGUCCCAGCAGCACUCCCCGCCCUCUGCUGGCUCGGAGGACGGGGCGGGGGAGACCACCACUCUGCUCAGUGAGCAGCAGAACUGUGUGGGCCCGCGCAGACCCAGCCACGGCCAGGCCCACCCCCACCCACAGGUGCACACCAUCAGUCACACACACACUGAGAGCACCAUCUAACCGAGCUCCUGUGGGGACGCCACCCGUGUACUCAGUAACCUAACACACACACUUGCACUUCUUCCUGUUUGCUCGUUGUCUCCUGAACUUUCUGUAGACGUCUGAGGAGCAGCACAGCUGUGGAUUUUGUAAACACAGAUCCUCCUGCAUGCUGCCCCCUCCCCUCCUAACACUGAAAAAGACCAAGAAUAGACUACAAAGAUGGCGGAGGCACAGGGAACAUGAGCGAGUGUGAUCAGACAGGGUUGUGAGCUCUUAAAGGGUCAGUUCACCCAAAAAGACAGAUUUUUUUCUCAUCAGUUUAUGGAAUGUUUCAAAGUUUCAGGGUUCGAGGUUUCUGCCUUCAGCGUAGAGAAACAUACUCAGAGUCACUUUUGGGUUCUGUAAAUAUGUUAGCAUUCAAGUUACCUCAGAAGUCAGAUGUUGGAGCUGAAAAUGAUGUCACACCCGAGUUACCAGUGUCUCACUUAUAAAGUCUGAAAAAAGCAAAAUCGGAGGUGGAAACAAGAUGGCUACAUCUACAAAAGUCAUUUUAGCGCUUGCCUUAUUCAGACAAGGCAAUCAAUAAAAAUAACUUUUGUAGAUGUAGACUUUUUUCCGACCUGGUAACUGAAACGCUGGGAACUCGGGUGUGACGUCAUUUUCAGCUCCGACAUCUGACUUCCGAGGUAACUCAAACUCAGCAUAUUUCCUCAAGACUUUUACCAGAACCAGGCAGGUUCAAAGGUCAGCGAUCUACAGUUUCAGAUUUUUUUGGGUCCGUUGUUUUUUAUGAAGAUUUCCUGUCAGGUAGGCGGCUGACAGUGUGUUGAAAGUUCUCACAUUAAAGGGAUAUUCCGGCAUAAAAUUAAUUUAGGGUCAAAUACAGCGUAACACCGAGUUAGACACCCCCUCGAGAGAUGAAUGUUGCCGCCCGCUUGCUUCUCUAGUUAUACCAACUUAAGUAAGGACCGCAGGAUAGCAAUACACAGCGGUCUGAGGAGCCAUAAACAGAC